GCCGGACUAUGCCGCGCUUACUUGUGUUUUACUAUUCCUAAUUGUUUUUGCAGUUGGCCAUCUUAAUACAUACCACAUAUGCUAGUUUGUGAAACUAAUAAUCCGUUUACAAAGUGCUUGCACAUGCAACAAGAACACCCUUAAGCGGGAUUUUGUGUUUUUAUUUGCCGUUUUACACCUUGGAUCAAAAGGGAAGUUUGUCCGGAAUGCUUCAGGCGCCCAUACUGCGAUCUAUUUCCGGGCGCGGGCGUCGGCCCUACUCGAUUAAGCGCCGCUCAUUUUGAUCUAAAACAUGCGCGAGCUCGGCCGCGGAGGCUCGGUAGUGACGGCCACCAUCGCGACUUUGCACAGUCGUUCCGCGAGUGACGGCAAGCACAGAGCUUCCAAGCUCCGCGCUUCAAGCGUGCAGAGUUGCAAUAGUGGCCUACGGUCUGAAAGGGAGGACUUGCGACGCGUGUCGGGAUGCAGCGAGCGGCCUCUGUCGACUGCGUCGGAGGCCUCGGAGCGCGACUCUGCAUCCGUUCAAUCUAGCGAGGAGCCGCCCCCGAACGAGAGCGGCGACUCGGAUAGCCCCGACGAAGCAACAGUGAAAUGCACGGCGUGGCCGGACGGAGCGAUACCUGCGCGCGCGGAUUCCAGCGACACCGAGUCCACCUCGUCGGCCGACGAUGAUUCCGACUUACAAGAUUUCGAAGUACGAAGCGCUGAAGCUGAUUAUCGAACGCUAACACCUAGCAGGCGGCUAGACAACUCGACACGUCGAGACGAUAACUUCAAAUGGAUGCCUCCAGAAAAUAUAUCAGAUAUUGUCGAGCCGACUUCAAUGGAAUCGCGAACGGAAGAGCAGGUGUCGGGUAGCUUAGACAGGCGAAGGCGAGCUCCCGCCGACCGCAAUGACCGUGACCGUAAAACUAGGUCAUCGAUGUCCACCAAGCCGCCACAGCACCCUUCCAGCGUCCGCGCGUCCCCACGCCCGCGUCGCUCGCGCGUUGAGGAAACGCCUCCAGAGCUCCAAAGGCGAUGGAACUCUUACGAGCACUUCCGAUGGGGCCCUAGCCCUGACGGUUCGCCCGGCGGAUGGUGGCCCCCCAUGUGCUGGUGCCACGGACCACCCGCUCCGCCACCCUGCUGCAUGCACGACCGCUCUUGGCCCUCACACCCUUCUCUUCCUCCGGUACCCUCAAGGCCGUAUAAGAAUGACGCCGAAGACCGCGUACGCCGCCUCGAGGCGGACAAGGAGAGCCUACACCUGCAAGUGCAGGUGCUGUCAGAGCAGGUGUCGGCGCAGAGUGACAAGAUGGCCGACUUAGAGCGCGCCCUGCUGGACGCCCGGCAACGACUGGACGACGCCGAGCAGAGGUUGCAAAAGGAAAUGCUACAGCGUUCGUCGCUAGAGACACAGAAGUUGGAGCUACUGUCGAAGUUGAGUGAAGUCAGGCUGCAGGCGGCAGCUCGAGGCGUGCUGGAGCGGUCGCCACCGCCUGACACCACGCCCGUGGCCCGGCCAGCUCCGCCCAGGACGCCGCCAGCGAACUACGGUCGUCAGAUCGAGCGCAACACCCACGUGUACUCUUCCCUACCGCGCUCGUCCGUGCUGGCCGCGGGCUUCGGUAAACAACACACCAUGGUGGUGGCGCGCGGGCGCGGACACUCCGUGCCCAACCUAGCUGAAAAAGAGGAAGCUAUACCCCGAGGCAGCCCGUCGCCUUCUCUCCGAGACAUGCGCUCGCGGCUCGGCAGCGGCGGCGUGCGGCUCGAGGGCGACGACCUGCGCUCCUCCCUGCGCGUGCACACGCCGAGCCGCCGCCCACCCGACACCAUGCCUUGGCAAACAACGGACGUGCGGCAAUGGGACUGCGAGACGACGUGCGGCUGGCUGGAGCAGCUCGGGCUGGAGACGUACGUGCCGGCGGCGCGCGCGUGGCUCGGGCCGCUGGAGCGCGGCGCGCUGGCCGCCGCCGCGCCCGCCGCGCUGGACAAGGAGCUCGCGCUCAAACACCCCAUGCACAGGAAGAAGAUCGUGCUGGCGCUCACGGAUCUCUUGGGCGGGCACGGGGACCCGCUGCUGACGCUGGCGGGCGCGCUGGACACGGCUUGGGCGCUGCGCUGGCUGGAGGACGUGGGCGUGUGCGGCGCGCGCGCGGCCGCCGCCGACGCCGCGCUGGACGGCCGCGCGCUGCACCGCCUCACGCACGCCGAGCUGCACCAGCACCUGCGCGUCUCGCACGCGCUGCACGCGCUCGCCGUGCGCCGCGGCAUCCAAGUGCUCCGAGACAACAAGUUCAGCCCGGACACGAUGAUCCGGCGCGCGGCGGAGGGCGCCGAGCAGGAGGACAUCGCGCGCUGGUCGUCGCACCGCGUCAUGCAGUGGCUCAAGCAGAUCGACCUGGCCGAGUACGCGCCCAACCUGCGCGGCGCCGGUGUGCAUGGCGGCUUGAUGCUUCUAGAGCCCAGGUUUACGGCCGAACUGCUAGCAGCUCUACUGAACAUUCCCGCCAACAAGACUCUACUGAGGCGGCAUCUUACGCAGAGGUUCAAUGACUUACUCGGCCGUGACGUCAUUCAGCAAAAGCGGAAUGCGGAGCAAACGCUUGGCUACCAGCCUCUGACGGCUACCACUAAGUAUAAGGUACCAAAGAAGAGCCAGUUCUCCCUGAAGCGCAAGAAGAGCAAGGACGAGCUGGAGCUGGCGGACCUGGUGUGCCCGCUGCACGACGACGGCUCAGGUGACGCUCACAGCACGUCGCCAACGAUGAGAGUAAAAUCAGCGGAGGGCGUCGCGUCGGCUGUCUCUCCCCCGCGUGACCCCGCGCGCGCGCACUAGCCCUGCACGGUGCACGCACGCGGCGCAUGCGCGGUGC